AUGCUCUACCAGAUCCCCGACGAGCUGGCGGAAACCCGCAAGAAAAAACAGGGCGACGAAGUUGACACCGUCGACGCGUUGAAGCAUAAACGUAUAUUGCCCACCGUGGGCCAAAAUACCACUACUAUCAAGUUUGAGCUGACCAACCCUCUGGAAGUGGUGAAAGGCAAGGGAGGGCGGAGCAUCCUCCUCAAGUUCUGGGAUUUAGGUGGGCAACAGCUGUUGCGACUGAUGUGGCUGCGAUAUUACGACCAGUGCCACGGCAUUGUGUUUAUCAUCGAUCUGACCGAUACCGAUCGUUUCCAAGAAUGUUAUGAUACCAUUGUCGAUAUCGCCCACCACAACGCGUGGGAGGGUGUGGUAAACGUGCCCAUCUUGAUGUUGGCCAACAAGCAGGACUUGCCCCAGGCCGUGGACUUGGUCCAGCUCAAGACGGGGGUGUUUAUCCAGUUGGUGCUGGAGCUCGAGGCCACCGACUCCAAGUUAUUGCCGGUGCUGGUGCUUGAGAACCAAGGGCUACGCGAAGCGCUCGAGUGGUUAGUGCUGCGCUUGGUCUACAACAAGGGGAACCGCCCCCCUGACUACCGGUAA